AAUGCCUUGGUUCCCAGUGACGUCACCGGAGCACAAUGGCGUCGCGUGGAGACGCUUCGUGCUCCCCGCCGUCUUGCGAGGACUCGACCGAGAAGAAAAACAGCUCGGUUUCGUUCGGCUUCGCUAAAACUCUGAGCAAAUUCAAAGUUACGCCCGGCGACGCCGUCACAAACAAAGACGACGUCGAUUAUUUAACCGGAAUUGCCAGGAACCAACUGCAGAGUACGAAACCGUCUGAAGGUCCUACGGAACGAGUCAUACCUGUGAUUCUGAAGAACCGCUGGCGCGUCCCGGAGCGUGAGGAGCCCAACUUGGGAAACGGAGAACAAGUCAAUGGCGUCGACCACCAGGACUCCGUGGAAGCUCAGGCUGUCAAAGAGCUCAUUGAAGAGUCCAGGAAGAAGCUGGAAGACUCGCAGGCCAACGCGGACCUCACUAUCCCCCUGCUGGCGCAAAACAAGGUGCCCGACGGCUUCGAGGAUGGAGAGCGGCUCAACGUGGAGCUGCGGCCUGAACCCUCGACGGAAGACGAUUACGAGCGAGUUCCCGUGGAAGGUUACGGAUUGGCCAUGCUGAAGGGGAUGGGCUGGAAAAAAGGGGAAGGCAUCGGGCGCACUUUUAAACAAGACGUGAAGCCUUACGAAUACAAGCCGCGCGUGAUCGGCUUGGGCCUCGGCGCGGAUCGCUCGGCCAUCGCCGAUCUGGAGCCAGGCAAACGUCGACGCCCCCCCAAGCCCGGCGAAGAACGGCGGGAGGAAGAGGAGGAGCAAUCGCUAGUCUUGGCCCGCGGCGGCUGCGUCCUGCUAGAGUCGGGGGCGCAUAAAGAGCGCUACGGAAAGAUUGAAGCGCUGGACGCUGACAACGCUCGCGUUUUGGUCAAGUUGGCCAUCGGCGGCGAUGUGGUGUCUGUCCACCAGUAUGCUGUUAAACUCGUCGGCCGCAAGGAAUACGACAGAUACGCCAAAGACCUCAGUCGUCUGAGCAAAGCGCAUAAAAACAAGGCAAAAGAGGAGAAGAAACAUGAGCAGCGUCGCCAACAGGACCACAGAGAAGAUGACAAGAAAAGGAAACACACGGAAACCCAUCACCGGCGAGAGAAGACGCCGGAAAAAGAAGGCAAACGAGCAAAAGCACCGCCCUGCUGGCUCCAGAGGGAUUUAAAAGUUCGUUUUGUGGACCAGACUUAUAAGGGCGGCCGCUACUACAAUGCAAAGAUGCGCGUGGAGGACGUGGUAACGCCGUCUACUUGCAUUUGUCGAACCGAAGAGGGAAGACUGAUCGAUGAUGUGAAGCAGGACAUGCUGGAAACCAUUGUGCCGAAAAGUGAAGGCGAUGCUAUCAUGGUGGUGCUGGGCGAGCACCGAGGACAGGUGGGUCGGAUACUACGGCGGGACAAGAACGCGUGCCAAGCCACAGUCCAGCUGGACAGACACGAAAAGAAACUCUUCACCUUGGAUUACGACUUUAUUUGUCACUAUUUGGGAGCCGCUGACCACUUCUGAACUCCCGCAAACAUUUCGCAGUCUUAUAUUUCUGGAAUUAAAAAAAAAAAAAAAAAAAAAAAAAGACAUUGUCCCAAAUGACGAAGAAGGCGAUUCGGCAUCAUCACUCCUUGACGAAUUGGUUGGCAGCAUUGGCGCGGAGCACGGCUCCCGGGCUCGGGUAGGGACGUUGCUGGAAGAGGGGCCCGGCGGCCGUGGUGUCGGCGCCAGUCUUGGCUUCGUUGCGUUUGGGAAGGCCGCUGGACCACGCGCCCCUGCCGACAAAUGCGGAAAUAGCGGUUACCGCGCUCGCCUGAAAAAUACGGAACUCUGGCAUCGUACCUGGGAGCAUCCGAAUACGAGCUGGGGUCCAUGGGGUCCAUUUCGUCAUCUUUUCUAUGAAUGGCGACUGAAAAAAGAAUAAUCUUCACUUUGAGAAAUUCUCAUGGUAGUUGCGUGCAUAGAUUUCACAUAAAACAUGUAGAGCUAGACAUGUGGAGUAAGCAGUGUUAGUAACUGGCAGCCAUCUUAAAGCAGUGGACUUCUCUAAAGACUUGUGGAGUGAAGCAAAAGUGGGUGAUUUUCUCCAAUAAAACAUUCUUAACUCAGUGAAAUCUUGACACUUUCAAACAGUGUAUCAACAUGGCUAAGACUCAGGCUGGAAGUUUAUAUUUUAAAAUAUUUAAUUUACUGCAUUUGAUGAAAAGUGCAAUUUCUAGCUAUUUUUAUGUACUAUACGCUGGCUCCAUUAACUAUUAGGUUUAUGGAAUUGUACUGUCACAGGAUGGCUAACAAGUGAUAACCACCAUUCCCAUUGGCUCACGGUACGCACUACACAUCUAACUUACGUGUAUGUAAAAUACACAGAAAUUGAGCCAGAAAAGCUCAAAACCAAAACGGACAGAUACACAUGAAGUUUCUGAGAAAUAACCCCAAAAUCAACAGGAAGAGACCCCUAAAUGCCCUCAAAAUUAAAUUUAUAGCUAUUUUGAAGUACACACUUCAUUAUUCACCUAUCAAUUGGCACUGACACAAAUUGGCCGACGGGACAUGUAUGUGUGUGUUGGAGAUGCAACAAUUAAUCGAUAACUCAACGUUUCCCCUACAUAGGCAAUAUUGUGGCGCCCCAUCACACCAAACUAAAAGCCGUCACGCCUCGCAGAUGAGAUGUCUAAAAAAAAACCUUUUUUUUUUUUUUAAAAUUUAAGGCCGUUUCACACUAGUGGCAGCCUAGUGUUAAUGGUUCAGUGGCAACCUAUUCCUUGUGUAUUGUAAUGUCUAACUACGCGCGGCCCCUUAAGAGACAAUCAGACUGGGGAGCUGAUACGUAGGUGGGAAACGAGUAGGGAGAACGGGCGAGAUAGCGAGAGAUAGUGGACGUAUGUCGCGGCAGCCAAUGUUGUUUUGUUAUUUUUCUUUUAUUGUUGCCACAAUAUAGUGGGAAACCAAUACAGACUCCGUUCCUUGCGGCGGCAUUAAAAUAAACAUUUAAUCAAGAAGGCUAUUAAUGAAUUUGUAGCCAACUUAGUCAUUUUGAUAGUAGGCUAAUAUAGCUAAUUUCGAUACAUACAGUCAGUGUUGCUUUCAUUAUAAGGCUUAUACAAGACUUUUCAUUUUUUUGCCGCUCCAGACAUACUUUAUCAGUUUGUUUUUUACGAUCAAAUAUGGCUCUUUCAACAUUUUGCGUUGCAGACCCCUGGAUUAAGAGAUGUAAGUCGGACCAUUGCUACGAGAAAAAAAGUCGUAUUAUCAAGUAGGGUAAUGUAGCUGAGAGCUACGACAUCAUUAUUAUUAGUCAUCAGGCGAGAAUGUGCGUGCCUUCAAAUCGCUACCAAAUUUCCACAUCCAAAAAACACAUCAAGCAAAUUAAUCCGUAUUCUUUUUUUCCCCACAGUGUUUGACACACUGCUUGAUUCGCUCUAAUCAGACUCUAAUUAUAUUCUGUAAUACCUUUCAUCUUUCAACUAAAACAUUUUUGGAAAUGGAAGUGGCAGCCCAAACAUGGCUGCGUACUUCAUACUUUUCAAAUCAAUAUACUAUUGUGUAGGAGGCCCAAGUACUCAAAUAACCAAAUGUUUUAUUAUAUACAGUGAGGAGCAGAAAUAUUUGCACCCCUUGUGAUUUUGCAAGUAGAAAAUAGGUAUCGGUCUGAAAUUUCAAUCAUAGAUGCAUUUCCACUUAUAGAGAUAUGAUCUGAAAAAAAAAAAAAACAGAAAUCACAUUGCAUGAUUUUUCAAUAAUUUAUUUGUAAUUUACUGGGGUUCAUAAGUAUUUGUGAUUGUACCCCUGAGAAAAUUGGUGCUAAUAUUUAGUGCAGAAGCCUCUGUUUGCAAUUACAGAGGUCAGACGCUUUCUGUAGUUUUUCAAGUUUUUACAUAUGGAAACAGGGAUUUUGGCCCAGUCCUCCACACAAGUCAGGUUUCAGCUCCAUCCAAAGAUAUUCUAUUGGAUGGAGGUCUGGACUCUGGCUAGGCCACUCCAAAACCUUGAUAUGGCUUUUACUCAACCACUCCUUGGUCAGCUUGGCGAUAGGCUUGGGAUCAUUGUCAGGUUGGAAGAUCCAGCCACGACUCAUCUUCAAGUCUCUGACUGAGGGAAGGAAGUUCUGGCUCAAAAUCUGCCCAUACAUUUCACCAUUCAUCCACUGCUUUAUACAGUAUAGUCGUCCUGUCCCCUUUGCCGAAAAGCAAGAGGUUUCCACCCCAUACUUUACAGUGGGGAUGGUGUUCUUGGGAUUGUACUCAUCCUUCUUCUUCCUCCACACACGACAAGUAAGGUUUGCACCAAAAUGUUCUACUUUGGGCUCAUCUGACCACAUGACUUACUCCAAUGGCCCAUCUGCAUCAUUCAGAUGGUCCCUGGCAAACUUCAGACGGGCUUUCACAUGUACUGGCUUCAACAGGGGAACCUUCUGAGCGAUGCAUGAUUUUAAACCAUUACACCAUACUGUAGUGUUGUUGUUGACAGUAGCCUUCGAAACUGUGCAUCCAGCUCUCUUCAGGUGUAUUUCUAGGCUGAGCCCUCACUUUUCUCAUCAUGAGUCAUGCCCCACGAGGAGAGAUUGUACAUGGAGCCCCAGUCCGACAUAGAUUAUCAGUAUGUUUAGCCUUUUCUAUUUUCUAACAAUUGAUGGAACUGUUGAUUUAUUCUCACCAAGCUGCUUUCCAAUUGCCUUUUCCAGCUUUGUGGAGUUGCACAAUUUUUUUUCUCUGGUGUAUUUCGAAAGCUCUCCGGUCUUGCGCAUGGUAGCAGUUGGAUUGUUACUGACUGUAGGGUGCACGGGAGAAAAUAAUAUGCUUAAACGGGUGGUGAGUGUGUGGUUAUUCAUGGGGUAAAGGUGGACUUUUUUAAGGUAGACUGAUAAAUCUUUGAGUGUCAUAAUUACGCUUAUUCUCAGCGGUGCAAAUACUUAUGAACCACUGUAAAGUACAAAUAAAUUAUUUUUAAAAAAUCAUACAAUGUGAUAUCUGGAUUUUUUUUUAUGUCUCCAUGAGUGGAAGUGCAACUAUGAUUGAAAUUUCAGACCUCUACCUAUUUUUUAAGUGGUAAACUUGCAAGGGGUGCAAAUACUUCUGCUCCUCACUGUAAAUAUGUGAGACACGAGAAGUGACCAAAAUACAUAGAAAUUUGCCCUGAAAAGCCCCAAAUUCACAGAAAUUAACAAGAAGUCAUUUGUAGCCAUUUCAAAACACAAUCUCCAUUUCCAACAUUGUUCUAAGGAAUGGAAGUGAAACAAAACUCAUCCCCACUGGCUCACGGAGCUAUCUAUGAUUUUGUGUGCGCACGCACCUCUUUUGCUCUUGUAGGGCGCGACGUCGUCCCUCCUCUGCUUUCUUCGUUCUCUAUCGCGGUCUCGCUCUCUUUCGCGAUCUCUGUGGCGCUCGCGGUCUCGGUCCCGCUCUCGCUCCGGCUUGUCGGAGUGACGCUCCGCUCGCUCUUCCGCCUCCGCUGAAACGUUAAGGGUGAGAAAGGUCAGGCUUCUCACCAAGUAAAAAAAUGAAUAAAAUAAAUAAAGUCAACCUUUUUGUUUCUUUGCAGCUUUUGUUAUCUGAGCAGAUGGGUCGUUGGGGGACAGCCAGGCCACCAGGUCUGUCUCUACAUUCCAGUAGUAUGGAAGACCACUAGAAAGAAAAGUAAAGGCUGAAUUAAAUGGUAUUUAACUUCAACAUUGUUUCUAAAUAUUAAACACUUCUUAAAACACAAAAUGUGAAUUUUUGGCCCAAAAAUCAACUGGAAGUUCCCUGUAAAUUCCCUAAAAUCAACAGGAAGUGACCCAAAAUCAACAGUGCCCACUGCACAGGAAGUGACCCCAGGAUUCCCCAAAAUGUACAGAAAGUGAACCAAAAUGAACUCAUUGCUUGCCAUUGGCAAGGAUAGAUGUCAUAUUCAUUCAAACUUGGAGGCCAAACUAGGGCUGCAACAAUCGAUUAUUUUAGUAGUCGAUUAAUCGAUGAACUAGUUAGUUCGAAUAAUCGAGUGAUUGGAUAAAGAACAUAAAAAAAUAUAAUACCUGAGCUGAGCCUAAGACGGUAUAAAGAUUAAUAAAUAAGGAUUUAAGUACAACAAAAGAACAAUUGGCUAACUUACAAAGCAAAAGUCCACUAGCUUAAAUGCCAUCAAAUGCUAACUUUUUUUUAGUGCUCUUAACAAAUGAUUCAAACACAUUCUUGCAAAAAAAAAAAAAAAAAACGGCUAAACAUACCCAUAAACUAAAUUACGAAUACAUUUAGCUCAUUACAUUAGCUCAAACAAAACCUUAGUACAACGCCACUUUAAUUAAACGAAUACUCAAAUGUGAAUCUUUUUCUGAUUGAAUUACUCGAGUUAAUCGUUGCAGCACUAGACCAAACCAAAAUCAAAAGGACGUGACCCAGACGUGGCCCGAAAUCAACAAAAAGUGAUGAAAAAUCAACAGGAAGUGACCUGGAAAUGGCCUAAAAUCAACAGGAAGUGACCACAGAAUUCCCCGAAAUUUACUGGAAGUGACUUAAAAUUAACUCAUUGCUUGCCACUGACAAGGAUAGACGUCCAGAUCACAACUGAAAGAACAAACCAACAGAAAGUGACCCGGAAUGCCUCAAAAUCAACAGGAAGUAACCACUGAUCAGGAAACGUCUUAAAAUCAACAGGAAAUAAUCCAAAAUGUUCAGUAAGUGACUUAAAAUCAACAGGAAGUGACCCGUCAACACUCUAAAAUUACCAAGGAAGUGACCCCUGAAGGAGAUAGUACCUUUUCUCGUAGGCACCGUUUAACUGUUUGCAUUACUCUAACACACUUAAUAUAAUUAAUCAGGGAUUAGUAUCGUUUCUCGUAUUUUACUGUUUGUAUUACUUUAACACACCCAAUAUAAAAUGAAUUGCACUUAUACCAUAGUUUAAGGGAAACAAGCAGAAUAUAAGGCAUAAAAGAUACACGACGCCUUCUUAUCACGGAAGCCAAACGUGUGCGUCAUGAGCAAGAUUGACGCACCAACUCUCGCAAGCAGUUCUCCCGAACAGUCCAGAACAAAUGGCGGGACGCUAUGUCUCAACAUAAGGAGCACCGGAGAACGCCCGUUAUCCAACUGAUAACACAACUGACAAGACUCCAAGAGCCCUUUUGACGCUGAGGUGGCAAAAUCUACAACCCUCGUUGCCUAGACAACAGUAACUCCCGAAUCUUCCUGACCAAUCCACAAACAGUCAAUAAUCCCAAACACACCCUUCUUCCUGCCCACCCUGUGAAAGCCUUCAAAAGACUGAAUGUUUAACUAAGCGGUGUCAUUUUUCUCAGGAACCUUUUGUUGACGUAUGAUGGGGUGACCUUGCCUCCCCACCUGAGUGUUUCUGUUUUGCCUCGCUGUUUUGAUCUUUGUCGACUUGACUAAAUUGUCAACUUGUUUUCGGUGAGCCUUCUUUAAACCUUUCAAAAUUGAGUCAGUAUAAAGGGUUAAGACUAGGGUGAACGCGCGGAGUUUGGCCUUCUGGCCGGACUCCCGCCGGCCCGUCUCGUUGGAUCUGCGCCAGCGCAGGUCCGGCGGUUCGGCCGGUGUGAUUCUGGCGGUCUGGCUGGAAGGUCAGACUCCUUCAUCCCACAACACCAAUAGAUGGAUGCGUCCCAUUCCACUUAAGCAAGCUGUCAGGUGCCUCUUUUUAUUGGCGAAAAUGGCUGAAAUCGAGUGUGCUUACGUACCAAGUGGGGUCGUACACUUUAUACCAGUUUGGCGGCAGCGCCUCCACCCUGGUGGCUUCGUAAUCCACGUUGUUGUCGUCGUAAUCUUCCGCUAUAAUCUCUUCAUCCGGCCCUGGAGGGUGAAAAUGACAUCCAUCAAGUCAAGCGAGACGACAGGAUGGGGUGAGGUGGCACUUUGCCGACCUUGCUCCGUUGGCUUGACGAUCCCCCUCUUGGCCAGACGGGCCAGCAGCGCGGCAGGGAGAGGCAUUCUGCAAAAGUCACAUGGACCAAGUUACACAUUAAAUAAUGAACUCAUUUGGCUGCCAUUGACGAUGCAAGACGUCAAUUCCAUUUUGACUCAAGGGCGUAGGUUUGCAUAGGGACAGUAGGGACAAAACACUACCAAAUUUUUAGGAGGCUCAAAUUGUCCCCACCAACUUUCAAGCAACCUUAUUUGCGUUAGAUAAUGUGUUCAGUUAUAUAGGUCAUUUAGACUGUCUUCCCAUUUGUUGUAAGUGACAGAAUUGACCCAAUCAUUAUUAGGUGAAUUAUUUUAAGUAUUUUCAGACUUACAUUUACCCCUUUUUCACUUGCUGAAUGUGCCAUUCCGUGUUUUUUUUCCCACAAACACACAUUUGAUUGGCUGAUUACUUGCCCCCCCCUCCCCCCACACAUAAACACACAACUCUCAGUUCAGAAUUACAUUACAUGGGAGGGAUAUUAGAAGUUUUUUUUUCAGCCAGCAGCCCGCUGUAAUUAAUUAAAAUGUAAUUGUUGUGAAACGCACCACUAAUUUUGCUACUGAAAGUCCAACCUUCAUCACAGUUUAGUAUUACCAUUACAUUAAACUGUGAACUUGCUAACGGAGUGGGAAGCUGCUUAAGAGAAGUGUCCUUCUGUAUGUGUUUUCUACUAUGUUAAUGUUAAUUAAAACUGUAAGAAAUAUAGUAAACUCUGCUCAGCUGUAAGAAAUUUAGUGUACCAAGGUUUACCCCCUUCUCCAAAGUUUUCAUUUUUUAUUUUGGUUAUAUAGUCUUAAAGCAGCCCAAAGGAGCUUUCAUUUUUUGUUGAGUUUGGCUGUGCUUAUGGACAAAAUCAGUAGUGUAGUGCUCCAUUUUCAUUUAUUUUUGUUAUUCCCUGACUAAGUUGUUUUUUGUUGUUGUUGUUGUGUUUAAUUUAUUCAGACAGACAAUUUUGAGUGGCAUUAAGACAAAUGUUUAUUUUUAAAGAGAGGAUUUUGGAUGGAAAAUGACAAGCAGUACUCAUUUUGGACAUUUAGGGAUGUACGUAGUUUCUAUUGUUGUCAGGGGUUUAGAUAUUAAUGGCUAUAUUUUGAGUUAUUUUGAGAGGAAAA